CAGUGCCGGUGUCACCCACACCUUUGUCUCCAUCGCCACCGUCUCCAUCCUGCAGACUCCGCUGCUGUCACCGCCGCCACCUCUGCCGUCCCCAACACCACCUCCUCAGGGCCAGCAAGAUGCAGUUUGAGAUGCACGACAACGUGAAAGGCAAAGCCAUGUCCUACCCAGUGACCAGUCAGCCCCAGUGUGCCAGCAGCUGCUACCAGACCCAGCUCAGUGACUGGCACACCGGCCUCACGGACUGCUGCAACGACAUGCCCGUCUGUCUGUGUGGCACUUUCGCCCCUCUGUGCCUUGCCUGCCGCAUCUCCGACGACUUCGGCGAGUGCUGCUGCGCGCCCUACCUGCCCGGAGGCCUGCACUCCUUGCGCACCGGCAUGCGCGAGCGCUACCGCAUCCAGGGCUCUGUCGGGCACGACUGGGCGUCCCUCACCUUUUGUUUGCCCUGCGCCCUCUGCCAGAUGGCACGGGAACUGAAGAUCCGAGAGUAAAGUGCCCCCCACCCUCCUUUCCCUUUGGCCAUGCCUGGCCUCCUCUGCCCCCUCCUGGGAGGGCCUGCCCCUCCACCCUAUCCCGCCACCAGAAAUACACCCACAAUAAAAACCUGAAAACCAA